CGUGAGGGAUAAAUACACACUCAGGAGUUGUUGUUUGUCCUGCUAACCGUACGCACAACGAAAGUCGUUCAGGUGUUGGAAAACGCACAAUGAGGACGGACUCCCAGAGUCGAUACUAGUUUAUGAUCCCGGUGUCUGUCUACAGAAUGUCCCUGGUAUCACCUAUCCCUGGGCAGACGCCGGAGAAGGACAGGAGUAAAUGGCGCUAAACUCCAGUACUUUGCAGACUCUGAGACAACAGGAGCAUCGUGAUGGCUAGCAGACAGUGUGGUGAUGUAGACCGACCCCCGCUGUCAUCCUUCAAGCCGUCUUCUGCUCCAAAACUAAAUGUAAAGCGCUCGCUAUCCCGAGAGACCGUCAGCAUCCAUUUCUCUGCAAUGGGCGAGGAGGAGGAUCAGGAGGAAGAGAGCAUAUACAGCACAGAGUCAGACUUGCCGAGCGACGCAAUGUUGAACAGUCAAGGAGUAGUAACGGCUUUGGAAGCAAGCGAAGACCUUGUUCUUGAAGGAGAUACAGAGAUCAAGUCUGUCACUAAUGUUGAGUCCGUUUCAGGCACAUCAGGUCAACAGAACACUAAUAAACAGGAACCUAGUUUUGCAUGCUCUGCCACUGCUGCGCCUUCGAAGGGGCCAGGAUCCUCAUCAGGCUCUACGAACUCCUCACCUUCCAAAUCAGUGUCCCUUCCCUCAAUAGACAAGACCUUUAUAAACCUCAUGAAGUCUUUGUCUGCAGAUUUAGAGCCCCGUGAAGGAGUCCCCGCUCCUCCCUCUUUGCGACAUCGGCAGUUGAUGAAGAAUCUGGUCAAAUCUUUGUCUACAGAGACAACCCAGGAUCCAAAUCGCUCUUCAGAGUCCCGCCUCAACCUGCAUCUCUUCAAGCAGUUUACUCAACCCAAAACCAGCGCAAGUUCAGGAGACUCCAAAACUGCACCGUCGUCCCCGUUAACCUCACCGGACACCCGGACCUUCUCCUUCAAGGUGUCAGAGGUGGAGGCACGCAUUGAAGACACGAAACGACGUUUUUCUGAAGCCAUUUCAGAUCCUUUGCAUUUAAUUAGCAAGUUUAUUGGAGAUGAUGCCUCGAGUAUUUACAGGCCUAAGCCUCUUUCGUCCAGUGCCACAGAACUGACCAGUUUUUCUGCUCUAAAUGGCCAUUUUGAAAGUAACAAUAAUUACAGUAUCAAGGAAGAAGAAGGUGACCUGGAUGGUGAAGGUGUUACCCCAGAGGCACCUGAGCUGGCCUCAGUGGCUGAAAGCAAGACUGCCAAAAUUUAUCCAUCCUCUUUGGGACUGGACAAGUGCUCCAUGUCGGCCCUGGCCAAGCAGGAUGAUGAAGAAUUCUGUGAACUUUACAGCGAAGACUUUGAUUCUUCUAUGGAUACAGAGGUGCAAGUUCAUCACCCUGAGGACACCAAGACUGGAAGCAGUGCUUCCAAGCCUGUCAGUCAGAGCACAAAUACUUUCAUUGAAGAUGAGAUAGAGUUUGAAUCAAGAAGUAGUAUUCCACAUAAGACUUUGUUAGCUCUGACCAUCAUUACCUAUGGAUACUUUAUUCUACCUUUGCCCACUUACCUUGGAGGAAUGUUUCUCGGUGUUGCACUAGGGUUCAUGCUAGCCAUUGGUGUGGUUUGGCUAACAGGCCCAAAGCUUCCAGGAAUUAGACAUUUAAAAGCGCGGAGGAAUUUAUGGAACAUUGCACAGUUGGAUAUCAAAGAGCCAGGCAUCUUCAAGGGUUGGAUGAAUGAGAUUCAGAACUACGACCCGGAAACUUAUCACGCAACACUGACCCACUCAGUGUUCGUGCGCUUAGAAGGCUCAACCCUGCGGAUCUCCAACCCCAACAAAAACAUCACCCGGAGAGCCAGUUACAACGAACCAAAACCAGACGUCACGUACAUCAGUCAGAAAAUCUACGAUCUUACAGACAGCAAGGUGUCCCUGGUGCCCCAGAGUCUCGCCAGGAAGCGGGUGUGGAACAAGAAGUACCCGAUAUGCAUUGAGCUGGCCAAGCUGGAUGACUUCAUGUCUAAGGCAGAAGCAGUCAGUGCCUCAGACGAGAAGGAGAAUCAGGAUGUCGCAGGCUUACAGGAAGGAGGAAGGGUGGCUUCGGACCGUGAACUACCCACCAUCUACUUGUUCGGAAGGACAGGAAGGGAAAAAGAGGAGUGGUUCCGGAGAAUACUUCUAGCCUCGAAACUCAAAUCUGAGGCAGCUAAGAAGACAGCAAGCUUGCCAACUAGCAAGAGUGCUCCAGCGCUGUCCCAUAGCCGCAGCAGCAGCAGAGGCAGUCUGGACGAGGUCCUGUCCUCUCAGGUGGCUAAGAAAGACUCGAGUACAAGUGCCAGGCAGAGGUGUCUGUUAGACUACAGUAGCUACAUGGCCAACUACAUUGGCAAUUCUAAAGCAAGCAGUGCCAACACCAGUCCAGGAGAAAGUCCACACAGCAGCCCAGGGGUGGGCAAAAAGUUGCCAAAUAGCCCAGUGAAAGAAAAAGAGGAGGAGUCUGUGAGCUGGCUGAACGCUCUGAUUGGCCGGAUUGCAUGGGACUUCUUCAGGGAGCUGCACUGGUCUGAAUGGGUGUCUAGGAAGAUCCAGAUGAAGCUCAGUAAAAUCAGGUUGCCUUACUUCAUGAAUGAGUUGACGCUAACGGAGCUCGACAUGGGCAUGUGUACUCCCAGAAUCCUUUGGGCCUCUCAGCCCUCAGUGGAUCAUCAAGGCCUGUGGUUUGAUGUGGAGGUCUCCUACAAAGGCUCGUUCCUCAUGACUCUGGAGACUAAGAUGAACCUGUCGCGACUGGGAAAGGAGGGAGAAGCUGUGAGCGAGUUUGGAAAAGACGGGCACAGGCCACGUACAUACUGCCUAGCCGAUAGCGAUGAGGAGUCAUCCAGCGCUGGGUCCUCUGAUGAGGACGAUGGGACAGAGAACAUCGCUGAUAAAAACCUGGUGUCUGGUGCAGACGGAUACACUGGGGUCCACAGGCCGAGCAAGAUCAUGAAAUUUGUGGACAAGCUAACCAAAAACAAGUACUUCCAGAAGGCCACGGAGACUGAGUUCAUUAAGAAGAAGAUCGAGGAAGUGUCAAACACACCACUUCUGCUCACUGUGGAGCUUCAGGAGUGUAAAGGAACGCUGGCUGUCAAUAUCCCACCUCCCCCCACUGACAGGAUAUGGUACGGCUUCCGCAGUCCCCCACUGCUGGAGCUUAAAGCUCGUCCUAAACUCGGAGAGAGGGAGGUGACGUUUGCACACGUUACCGACUGGAUAGAAAAGAAACUGGAGCAGGAGUUUCAGAAAAUUCUCGUGAUGCCGAACAUGGACGACGUGUGGCUCACCGUUAUGCAUUCCGCCAUGGACCCUCGUUCAGACGCAACAGCAGCAGAGAACAAAGGUGCCAAGACAGUCCCAGAGACUGACGUUCUACCUCCCGAGGGCCCGUGAAGGACCACAACUAGUUUCAGUAUUGGCCAAAUAGAGAGCUGAGAGCUGAUGAUGUACAGUAUACAGAUGUAGGUAUAUAGCGGGCUGUCAGAGGUGUUUUAUUCCUCAUGGAGCUUUUUGAAGGAAAUAUGCACGAUUCAAAGACAGUGCUGCUUUAAUUAAUUUAUCAACAAGAAGGUCUGUUAACUUUGGAAGAAAUAUGCAAGAUAGGAGAGUAUGUUUGGGGACGAAGGAGUAACGGGUUAUGUAGAUGCAGGAAGGACAACAACGACGUGCAAUGAGAAGCUACACAGAAAGGUCGAUGACUAUAUAAAAUAUUUAAUCAGGUAAAGAUGCCAUAUCCGUGUUUAAGUGCAUAAGGCCUCGAUUAAUAAUGAAGUGUGGCAAUGUGUUUGACUCCACAUCUUGAAAAAACCAAUGCACUACUACGAUUUAUUACUUGCCAAACACAGGUGGAGAAUCAGAUCUGCAUUUGAUUUGCGUGUGUAUUCUCUGAAUAUUCCUCGUUGCACUAACGGACCUGAUUUGGCUUUUUCUCUCUUCUGAAGUUGAACCUGUGCUUCAUGGCAAACUCUAAGCUAUGUGAUUUUUUUUUUUUUUUAUUAUUAUUAUUAUUUUUUUUAAGAUUUAUUAUUAUCAAUCUUUGGAAAGAUUGAUUGAUCCUGGAUGAGUUUUCAGGAAUACUGUGCCUAAAUACACUGCCCUCAAUUAAGUAAUUUUCUCCUGUACCAUUAAAGUAGCUUUUGUUUUUGUGUAUGUGAAAGUUUGGAGAAAGAGAGAGAGAGAGUGUAUAUGUCUAUUAUGGUAUGUGACCAAAUGACCUGCGUUUAAGUUUAAUAAUCGAUAAACGGUAAAACAAGCGGUGUCAAAAAUACUCAGCUGAGCAUCCACCCAGAAUGUCACGGUAUAUCAUAUAAACCCAUAUCGGCACAAGCUUCCAGCAACAACACUGUGUAAAAAGUGUGUGUUUGUAGGUUUACACUCCAACAGGUCAAUGGGUACGUGUCAUUUAUCAGCCCCAUUUUUGUCCUUCCUCUACAUCACGUUCUCACUUAAAAGCUUUUCCACAGGAGCUUUAAUCAAGAGCUGCACAUUUUAAGGAAAAUUUAUGUGGUUCUGCCUGUUAAUAAGUACUGUGAUUAUAACACAAACAACACUAAUGAUGAUAUUUAUAUAAAGACAUCCUGCCUAGCUCGGAUAACACCAGAUAAGGCACACACUAAAAAAUGAUUCAGACUAAACCAGUUUAAUACUUAGAAUAUUUCAUACAAUUUAAACGUGUGGUUUGUAAGUCUUUUUAGACCAAAUAAUUCUGCUGCCUUUGGAAAGGUCUUUAGAUCAUUAUGUUGUACUCCCUCAUUCACUGUGACUCUUAUGAAUAAAAUAAAGACAAACUACACCUAUAAAUUCUUCUUUAUAAAGAGUUCAUCUAAUGUUGGUUCCCUCAUUACCACCAAACUAAUGUUCCCUGUAAAACUAUUUGUUUACUCAGUGUGUAUACAGUAUAUACAGUAUACACAAUGCAAAACAUUGUGAUAAAGUGUAAUUAAUUUAUAAAAUAAUUUAUUGAUUCAAAUCAGAUUUUGUACCUACAUUUUAGCUUGUGCUUUGACCCACACUUCUGCUUGAUAUGGUGACAUGGUCCACAGAACUGGACCUUUUAAAAAAACAAAACAAAAAAAAAACUAAAGAAAAAACACGAAUACCAGGUGACAAACUUGCCUACAAUGAGCACAUUUUUAAAUCAUUACCCUUUAAGUAAUUCAUAGUACUUCUUAGUGCCACUAGUGAGUGUGUACUGUGCAUGGGUGUAUGAUAAUAUGUAUGUUUGUGAUGACACUAUAAUACAUAAACGAGCAGCGUUCAAGGCAAACCAGGACUUCAUUUUCGUGCAGAAAAACACCACCAUUAUUAGCCUCCCAGGAACUCCUUUAAUUGAACAAACAAUGUCGACAUGGUCUUGUCUGUAUGGGGAAUGUGGCAAUAACUCCAAGCCAAGUUCCUGUAACAUACAAGUGGUGUGAUUUUGUGUACAGUUUCCACAGUCGUCUUUAAAAUAUUUGCGCCAUUCGAAUUUUUUUAAGGCGGCUAAGCUUCUCAUCACUGUACUGUGCGUGAAGUCUUUCGUAAAUGUCAAACAUUUGUAUACCUUUUUUCACAAGUCCUGCUUUUACUCAAACGUCCCUCGUAUGUGUAAACAAGCCCCUGGAUUUAUAGGCAAAAAUUAUUUUGAUGUAUAAGUUACAGCAAACGUUUAAAUAGUUUAAAGCCUCUGACUUGGCAGCACUUGUGUGUAGUAAACACAAGAGUUUUGAACGUUUUAGAACUGUUGAUUUUCCUCAUUUGGUACAAUGAAUUAAUCUGAUAUAGACUACUGACUUCAGAUUGCUCUUAUGUCUGGUUAUGUUUGAUCUCCUGCUGUUGGUCUGGUAGCCAUUCUGGGUCUGAUAAAAAAAAAAACCUAAAUAAAUAUCAAAUUUCAUGCAACAAAAAAUCCUGAUAAAUCCAGACUUUUGAGUCGCACUGUAUAGAGUAUGCAAAAAUUCUGAUGGGAAUUAAUGUAUGACUUUUAUACUGUAUGUGUGUGUUUGUAUAGGUUGAGUGUAUAAAGUUCAUGCUACUGUACUGUAUAUAGAUAUAUUUGAUACGAAUAAUGAUCUUUUACUGAUGGAAAGAAAUAUAAUAUAUGUAAUAUUUUAGUGUAUGUCACACUUAUUAAUAUUUCCCGAAUAAGAAUUAUCUUAAAAUAAAAUAAAAAAUUACAUUCCAAAUCUAUAUCGUAUGUAUAUGAAGAAAUCAACUUCUGUUUUGCAUCUGUUAAAAAAAGUGAAUGUUAGUUUCACAUAUAAGAAUUUAUUUUAUUUAUUAUUUUAUUAAAUCCAUCUUAUACAUCUGAGGCUUGAUGCGUUGCAUGCUGAUAAACAGAGAUCAUAAAGCUUUAAACACUCACUAAUCGGUGUCUUACAGUCACCAUUGUGCCAUAAUGGUUUUGGAAAUCCAGGCCUUAUUAACGAGACGUUAUUAUAAUGGAUUUAAGGUAUCGCUGUGGUUUAUGACAUGGCAAUUUCCAUCACACUUUGUUGUGAGCUGUUUAAUUGUAUGUGUUCCAUUGGGAAGGAUGUUGACUUCAGAGGUUUUCUUUGAGUCUGUCCAUAAUAAGGAAGACACUGUUCUACUAAUGCUUUCUGAACGGGGCAGCCCCUAUAUUGGGAGCAGAAAUGUAGUGUCAGAAGAUGCUGCUCCAACCCGAGUGAACAGUUGUAAGGUUUUUUGUUUGUUUUUUUUGUUUUUUUUAUUCACAAGUGCCCACUUUUAUUUAACUAUAUUGUGCGUUGAGCAUUGUGAUCUCAUGGAACUGGUUACUGACCUAGACGCAUGCAUAACAGAAAUGAAGUAUUGUAAAAAGUUAUACUGUGAUACUCUGUGUUUCUUGUGAAUCCUGGUACACUUAAACACAAUACUCAACGCACUACUCAUGCCGAUGGUGCUGCGGCCGGGUUUUAACAUCUUUAGGUUAACUUAAAAUUAAAAGUUUAAUUUGUGUUUAUUCAUUUGUUUACAGUGAGGAACUGUGUGUGUGUUAUGAUGCCUUUUUCUGAUUUCUUUUUUUUUUUUAAUCUGUUCAAUCAACACUGUAGGAAAUCUGUUAGUCGAUUCCUGAUUGUUUUUUUUUUUUUUGCCUUAAGUAUAGCUGGGCAUCAGUAGUUGGAACAAGAUCAGUCUGUAUUUCCUAAAUCAUCAGUGUGAGGAAGUGUAAUUUGAUGACAUCUUAUUAAUAAUGAAGACCGUAACUGGAUCAGAAAUCUGUGUAUGCCAAUAUGUGUGCCAGACUGUGUCGAAAUCAGUGCAGUAUUAAUAAUAGAUCUGCUACUUUCCACCCCUUUGGUCACAUUAUGCCUUCAACAAGUGUUGGAAAAAAAAAAUUGCUUGUUUAUAAAUAAUUUGCUUGCUAUUGUACAAGUGUCUUUCCUGAUUAUUAAAAUGUUAAAACUGUACGAACUGUUGUUUUUUUUUUGAAGA